CGUCACUAGCGAGCGCUUGUCAAGCAAGAGCGAAGGGCACUCCAGCUCUUGUGACUUGUUCAGCAUUACGUGAACAUCGGAAACAUCGGCAUAUCUUCUUAUUCGACAGGUUACGUUGUCAGAUCAUGAUUGUUUAGCGACACUCAUAUUUAUGUCGCGUGUCGUGUGAGCUAGCGUCGUAUCCAGGAACAAGGCGACGGCAAAGUCAUUUUACUGACGGAACAUUUAUUCCAUUGCUAUUAACGGUGUAUGUACAGAAUUUCAAGUCUGACGCAUGAGGUGGAUUUGUGAGCAUCCAGGAUGACAUCGGAGGCUGCUGCUGCUCCUGUCCCCGCACCUCCAGCCUUAAGCAGCACUAAAGCGCGAAUAGACCACUAUUGGCUCCGCUCUUUUGUUGCUGGAGGUGUUGCAGGAUGCUGUGCCAAGUCUACAAUCGCUCCUCUAGACCGGGUAAAGAUUCUGCUUCAGGCCCAGAAUCCCCACUACAAACACCUGGGCGUGUUUUCCACUUUAAAAGCUGUGCCAAAAAAAGAAGGCUUCCGCGGCUUGUACAAGGGUAAUGGUGCGAUGAUGGUGAGGAUAUUUCCUUACGGUGCGAUCCAGUUCAUGGCCUUUGAUCAUUAUAAAAAGCUGCUUAGUAAACAACUUGGGAUCUCCGGACAUAUUCACCGCCUCAUGGCCGGUUCCAUGGCAGGUAUGACAGCGGUGAUAUGCACUUAUCCAUUGGACAUGGUUCGAGCCAGACUGGCCUUCCAGGUGACCGGGUACCAUCGCUACACCGGAAUCAUCAAUGCAUUCCACACCAUCUAUCUGAAUGAGGGGGGAUUCUUGGGCUUCUAUCGGGGACUCACCCCAACCCUCAUUGGAAUGGCCCCUUAUGCAGGUUUCUCCUUCUUCACCUUCGGGACCUUGAAAAGCCUCGGUUUGAAACAUUUCCCAGAGACGCUGGGACGCCCGUCGUCGGACAACCCAGACGUUCUGGUUCUUAAAACCAAAGUCAACCUGUUGUGCGGAGGCGUUGCCGGCGCCAUCGCUCAGACGAUAUCCUAUCCCUUAGAUGUGGCACGGCGAAGGAUGCAGCUCGGAUCCGUGCUUCCUGACGGACACAAGUGUGUCUCCCUGAGCAAGACCCUAUCUUACGUCUACAAGGAGUACGGGGUCAAGAACGGCCUCUACCGAGGACUGUCGCUCAACUACAUCCGCUGCAUCCCCUCUCAGGCUGUGGCCUUCACCACUUACGAAUUCAUGAAGCAACUCCUCCACCUCAACUAGCGGCCAUGUCACCGGAUUCAGUGACAUGGCCGCUGACAUCGGCGCGAGUCACUCAUCUGACUCGCGCCGAUGCUUGCUUGGUAUGUCUUAAAAUGACCACGGCAACAAAAUAUUUAGAACGUGGUUUUUAAGGAUAAAAAAAAAUCCCAAUAUUUUUGCAUCACGAUUCAUUGCUUUAAUUCCUUCGCCCCCAGGGGGCGUGAUGAUGCAGUUGUACAGUACAACGGAAGAAAACUCGGCGACUCAUAAGCUGCAGGAGAGGAUAAAGAAUGUAUGCGUCAAGUAUUGUCAUAUUGCCUGUUGUAUUUCAAAUAUCUUUUGCAUAAGUUUAUAACAGACAAAUUGAUGCGAGUUUCGUUAGCCUGCCAAUGGCCUUUUGCAUUGUGUUAGCUUUUUGCCAGCUGACUUUGACAGUGACGUGGCUGGGUUGAAUGCACUGUGUGUACAGUGAUUCUUUUUCUUUUGUGUUUAGUUUUACACUCAAUUUCAACAGGGAGUGGCAGUAAAAAGCUUGAAGCAAGCCCUUCACCUCUUUUUUUUUGAUGAAUUGUUUACGCGUUCGAGCGUUUGGCACUCAAAUUUUUGCUCACAGCUCCAGGCAAAAACAUUCAGGCCACGGCUUGUAUCCCAAAAAACUCAUAAGUCGGUGUACCACUGUACCUCCCGUUACAAGCAUGUAUAUAACCGGCAGCUGGAAAGAAGCGUAAAAUGAGCAACUGAUUAACUAUAUUUCUACCGUUACCGAGUAACAUGAAAUCCAAACAUUUCUUUGGAUUUUUGGGAUGAGUAUAAUACACUGAAAGCUGAUGUUAAGAUUGCAUGACUUAGGAUUCAGGGCUUUAUAUAAAUAUAUAAGGGGUGCGAGUGUCAUAUAUGCCUUGUCCUGUUUUUUAUUUUUAUUUUUAUGUCUUUUUUUUAAUGCCUCUUAAAAUCUGAUCAGUUUGUGAAUCAUCUUUCAUUGUCUUAUGCCAAACUUUAAAGAGAACAGUAUAGUGAUAUUAUUGUUAUUUUUUGGUUUUGGACACAGAUGUUUAACGUGUGCUUAUAAUCACUCGCAAUUCUGUGUGCUCUGAUAUUCUUGUUGAUGUCCAUAUUUGACUCUGUGCUGAAUGUAGAUCAGACAAGUCCGGAUCGGGCGAUGUUCUUUCUGAUAGGAAGGAAAAUUGCACUUUUAACUGUUUACCUUUUACUUCUGUUAUUUAUUGAUUUAGCUUCAUGUCGCCACUGGGUGGUGGCUCUGCUGACAGAAAUGAUAUGGUUUAGUUAUAACUGUAAAAAGUCAUGUAAUUAAAACCGAAUACGUGUGAAAUAAUUCUGUUUACGUAAUUUAACGUAAAUUGAAAACAGGCCUGCGCGCUAUUUUUCUUUUCAUGACAAACAUUGGAAAUGAUUAUCAGUCUUGGCAAUUUAGUGUCACCGUUUUUUCCCCUUAACUUUGAGCAACCCUAGACAUAUGUUUUACAUUCGAAAAAUGUCAUGGGUUUCACCAAACAGAAACGUCACAGGACGUAGAAACAACAGCAUUUAUGUAUCUUCUGCCACCUAGUGGUCGAGCAUUUAAUUGUCCCGCCUUUCACUUCUACUCUAUGUAUAUCGCUGGGAUAUAAAACCGCAUUAAUAAUUUGCAUUAAAUAAUUUUCAGACCAAAAUUAAGACUGAAAUUCAGUCAUUUCUCACGGUACAUUUGAGCUUUUGUGGAACAAUGGUAGGCAAACAAGUAUUUUUGAAAAAUUCAAGUGAAUUGGGGGCAUUUCUGCUGGCACCACUCCAAAUUUUACGUAAAUAUUCUCUACAUUAUAUCACAUAUUUGUACAAUGUGGUUGGCUACUUGAUGUGAGUCAUGUUUCGAGAAGUGACCGAACAAAUAUAAAAAUGUCCAUAUUGUAUUUUCUUUCUCUGUUUGGCUUAUGCAUAUUUUUAAAAUCAGGACAUGAUAUUGAAUAUCACCUUGUUAACGC